UCAUUUUGCUUUUCCACGCCGUCCUUCCAAAUAGUCUCCGAAGUUGCGUUCGUAGUUCCGUUGAAAGUUGAGCAGCGUGAACCAGAUGCAGUUAGUACGCGUCCUGAGCCAUGGGUUUCCACCUGCCUGCAGCGCCACAGGCCUUGGAAGAGUCUAUUAUUGCGGACCAGUGCUGAUUUAUUAGGUAUUUUGCAGUGAGUUAGAGGUGAUUGUGGUGUAGGUUGAUCGGGUUGAGGUUCUGAAGCUAGGGGAGGUGAUCGUGGUGUAGGUUGGUCAGGUUGAGGAAGCUAGAGGGGAGGUGUUUGUUGGAGGUUUUGCUUGGAGAGCAAGGGACGUGAUAGCCUGCAGGUUAAGGUUUCGGGGCUCUUGCUGGAGCAGGUGGGAUAUGGCCUUUUGGAUUGAUUGUGGUGAGAUAAGGUGAUUGUUGGCGUUUUCGAUGUUGGAGGAGUGAGUGCAUGUUUGAGGGAGAGUUCGAGGUGGUGCAUGGGGGUGGUAUCUGAAAGAGGAGGGUCCGGAGUGGGUGGAUCUGUUCGCAUGCUAGUUCAGUGCCGUACCUGACAUUUGCAACUGAUUGUGUAGCUGGUACGUGUGAGUUUAGUGAUGUGCGCGCUGCGUGGGUUUGCGAAGUGACGAUGAAGUUGCCUGAGGUUUCUGUCGAAAAGCGGAUGUUGCACACGCUUAAAAGUCGGUGAUAUGUUUGUGACGGAAAGCCUGCAGCGUUGCGUGCCUCAUUGACAGUGUUAGUGGUUGUGUGAAGGGUAUCGAUGAAGUUGGUGUGAAUCAAUUGAGCAUCAAUUGGCAAGUAAUAUAGAUUAUUACCCACACCGUGUUUCAAAAUCCUUUUCCUAGCCACGUAGCGAUAGCUGACAUAUGAUACAAGUGACAACCGACUGCUUCGCGUGAUUGUUUCGUAGGUCUUAGUUCAGUUCGCAAAGACUACUAGAAUUUCAUAUAUUAAGGUUCGGUGAACAAAAUUUGCCUAGCGGAGCAUGAGUUGGAAAUUAUAAGUUUUUUCAGGGAAAAUGUCGCAAGUUUUAGAGUCUCUGGCAUCAUUGAGGUUGAGAUCUCCCCAUGAGAUAGAGACGUCUCUUAUUGACAAGCCUCGACAUCCUUUGAUUGGGCUUUUUGAGAAUUUACGCAAUGUCUUCAAGGCGGACGAGCUUGGUGUGGAGAUUGCAACCAUUGCACUUCCAGCGUUUUUGGCUCUGGCAUCGGACCCCCUUGCCUCGUUGGUGGACACAGCAUUCAUUGGACACAUAGGUCCGGUGGAGCUUGCAGCUGUUGGUGUUUCCAUUUCUGUAUUUAACCUUGUGUCGAAGAUGUUCAACCUGCCUCUUUUGAAUAUUACAACAUCAUUUGUUGCUGAGGAUGCUUCUGAAAAGGAAAUCGUUACGGACUUGCCAUUGGAGUCUGUUCCACCUGAUGCGACAGGGUUGUUUUCAACGGAAGUGUGGAACGACAGCAGCGAACAAGUCGAAAUUCUAAAAUUGGAUAUGCCUAAGAGGAAGCCUUGCCUCCCUUCAGUUUCUUCAGCUCUUGUUCUUGGAGCAUUUUUAGGACUGGGAGAAGCUUUAAUUCUUGCAAUUCUAGCAGGGCCAAUUUUGACAGUGAUGGGUAUUGACUCGUUGUCACCAAUGCGACUAGCAUCUAUUCAAUACUUAAGGGUUAGAGCUAUUGGUGCUCCAGCCAUGGUGCUUGCACUGGCUAUUCAGGGUGCUUUCCGGGGAUUUAAAGAUACCAAAACUCCACUUUAUGCGACGAUGGCAGGAAACGCCGUCAACAUUGUUCUAGAUCCUAUUCUUAUAUUUACAUUGAAGCUAGGCGUGAAUGGGGCUGCCAUUGCAACGGUUAUCUCACAGUAUGUGAUUUUAGCAAUGUUAUUUUGGGUCUUAGCUCGUAAGGUUACCUUGCUACCUCCUCGUAUGGAAGAUUUACGGCUGGGAAGAUUUUUGAAAUCUGGUGGAUAUCUGCUGGCGAGGACUAUGGCUAUUCUUUUAGUGAUGACAUUGGCAACAUCUAUGGCAGCAAGGCAAGGUGCCAUUCAAAUGGCUGGCCAUCAAAUCUGCCUGCAGAUAUGGCUUGCAGCAUCUUUGCUAUCUGAUUCAAUUGCAUUAGCGGGGCAGGCAAUAAUUGCUACUGCCUUUGCCAGCUUCGAUUACAAGCGUGUGAAGGAGGCGUCUUUUCGAAUCUUGCAGAUUGGAUUUUUGUUUGGAGCUUUCGUAGCUGUGCUAUUAGGGGCAACCAUGCCUACGUUCUCCAAAUUGUUCACUAUAGAUGUUGAUGUUUUGAAUAUCAUAAAGGACCUUAUUGUGUUUGUGUCUUUGACUCAACCAAUCAACUCAUUAGCAUUCGUCUUCGAUGGUCUUCACUAUGGAGCCUCAGACUUCGCUUAUGCAGCUCUCUCAAUGAUCAUGGUUGCAAUACCCUCAGCUGCAUUUCUCAUUAUAUUUCCCCCUCUUUGGGGCAUAUUGGCCGUAUGGGCGGGAUUAACUCUUAUCAUGAGUUUACGAUUGGGCGUUGGGUUGUGGAGGAUUGGAACUGCUACUGGGCCAUGGAAAUUCUUGAAGGAUCGUGAUAUUGAGAAGCAUUUAUUUCGCCAGUUAUCAGUACAUGAGGAGGGCAUAACAGGAACCUCAUGAGCAAUAUGAUUUUUGUAGUUCUCAGGUUGAUUCUUUUGUAUAUUAUCGUCCAUUUUUCCAAAAAAGAAAGCUCCAAGCUUUUUCGAUUUAUUUUUUUUCA